AGCUUGAGCUUCAUAAGAAGCGGAGGCAGAGGAGCGGCAGUAGGAAACGUGGCGUAAUGACUACUAACACGAUGUCCUUCAACACGAUGAUUGGUGACAGAAGUGGAGGCGUUUCUGAGAAAACCACCUGUUGGUUUCUCCGUGGAGACUCUCGGGCUCGGGUUACCGAGUCCACAAAGCAACGAUGAGGAGAGUCUGGUGCUGAUCGACGAUUUCCAGUUCCCGCAUCGGGAAGAUAGUUUUCCAGAACUCGUUGGGAAGAAAAGUUACAGUAAAUAAUUUAUGGGAGUAUACCAGCUUCAGAAGAGUCAUGCUGUCCAAGAGGAUCUAUCUGCUGAUAUCCGCCUGCCAGCAGAACCUCUCAGUGACCAACAAAAAUGAAGUCAGAGUGUUGAAGCAGUAUUUGGUGUCCUUCGAUGGCAGUACUCCUUUCAUCAAGUGGCAGAUGGAGAAAGGACUGGACUGGACCAUCUCCUCUGUGGCUGGAGAGAGUUACAGGGUCAAUGUUGACCUGCAUGAAGCUCUGGAGAGCUGGAUUCCUGAAGACCUCAUCACUGAUAACCUAACAAAGGUUAAACCUGUGUGGAAGGACACUUCUUUCACCCUCAACUACUAUUCUGAUGCAUUAUUUGAUUUCCCACAUUGGUUUGGUUUCAGCAAAAGGACAUUUAAGCUGACACUUACAUGAACUAUCUGUGGAAGAAGAGGAGGAGAAAGUCGAGUUCAUCUUCUCAGUUUUAAGUGGCAUUAGCAGCCUCCAUAAGAAAAAUGGAUCAACAAGUUACAUGAUCAGUGGAUGAGAUUGGUUGUU